AAGAGGCGAGGGUGGUGCCGCGGGUGGCGGGAGAACUUGCUUGGGCGCUGGGCGCGGGUCAGGGUCAGAGGCUGAGCGGCCGGCGGAGCAGCGAGCGCGGAGGCAGGAGGGAGCCAUGGAGCCCAGCGUGGAUAUGUCUUCUGAAUUCUUUAUUUUUAUGUCCGAUAAUAGUACUGAUGAACCAGGUUCUGGUGAUGAUGGGAAUUACCAAGAGGUUUGCUUGCAAGAAGAGAACGCUGAUUUCAACCGCAUCUUCUUGCCCACCAUCUUCUCUAUCAUCUUCUUGACAGGAAUCAUUGGCAACGGCCUGGUGAUUGUCGUCAUGGGCUAUCAGAAGAAGUUGAGAAGCAUGACGGACAAGUACAGGCUCCAUCUCUCGGUGGCUGACCUGCUGUUUGUCAUCACUCUACCUUUCUGGUCUGUGGAUGCUGUGAUCAGCUGGUAUUUUGGAAGCUUCUUGUGCAAAGCGGUUCAUGUCAUUUAUACUGUCAACUUGUACAGCAGCGUCCUCAUCUUGGCCUUCAUAAGCCUAGAUCGGUAUCUGGCAAUUGUACACGCUACCAACAGCCAGCGACCCAGGAAGCUGUUGGCUGAAAGGAUUGUCUAUGUUGGUGUUUGGUUGCCAGCUGUGCUUUUGACGGUGCCUGAUAUAAUCUUUGCCAGCACCAGUGAGGUUGGCGGGAAAUAUGUCUGCCAGCGAUUUUACCCUCAUGACAACUGGAUGAUUUCCUUCAGAUUUCAGCAUAUCUUAGUAGGUUUGGUCUUGCCUGGUCUUAUAAUACUGACUUGCUACUGCAUUAUCAUUUCUAAGUUGUCCCACUCAAAAGGUCACCAGAAGCGCAAAGCCCUGAAGACUACCGUCAUCCUUAUUGUUGCCUUCUUUGCUUGCUGGCUGCCCUACCACAUUGGCAUCAGCAUUGACACCUUUGUCCUCCUUGGAUUCAUCGACAACGGCUGUAACUUUGAGGCAGUCCUCCACAAAUGGAUCUCCAUUACUGAAGCCCUGGCCUUUUUCCAUUGUUGCCUCAAUCCCAUUCUAUAUGCUUUUCUAGGUGCCAAAUUCAAGACCUCAGCCCAAAACGCUUUGACCUCUGUUAGCAGAGGAUCAAGUCUUAAAAUCCUGUCCAAAGGCAAGCGAGGCGGACAUUCUUCUGUGUCGACUGAGUCUGAAUCUUCCAGUUUCCAUUCCAGCUAACAAAGGAGGUCUUCUAUUUUCCCUCAAUGUUUGUAAAAAGUGGAACUCUUGUACAUAAACACACUCCACAGGAUUUUGGAGGAAAGCAUCCUCUAAGAUCAUGGAUAUGAUUAUUCCCAGUUGGAAUAUUAUAUUUGUUUAGUUUUCUGUAGACUUAUUUAUAAAAUAUAAAACAAAAGCUGUACAUGUUGAUAAGAGAGUAUCUAGGCAGGACCUGAGAAUAUGUGAUUGGUUGACAAGGUUCAUUGUUUAUCUGUCUAGUUGUACAACUGUUGGAUCUUAACACUUAGAGCAUAGCAUAUCUGAUAUGUGUGAGUUGUUUGUAUAUAAAAGAAGUAUUUCCAAUAUACUUGUUGGCAAAAAGGCAUACUCUUCUGUAUUAAGGACUCUAUCCCAAAUUGCAUAAGCAGUUACAGUUUACAGUAGUUUAACUCCACAAACUUACUAAAGGCAGUAUCAAAAUGAAUUCAACUUGAAUGCAGCUUGAUUGCACCCAAGGGUGCUUACAACCAAAGUAUCUUCUCACAACUUUUUUAAAAUUUGGGAACAAAUUGGUUUGCAAAUGUCUGCCAUUGUACAGUUGUAAAUAAAAGUGUGUGACAAAGGGAA